UAAAAUAUGCAUCACUUUUGGAUCCACUGCAGUACAAUAAUAAUAAAUGUAACAGCAAUUGCAUGUAUGCGCUGACUCACUCACACCUGCGAUGAAUUGAAAAGAGAGCAUUCCCGACUCUGCAAAUACAAAUGUUAUCAAAAAAGUUUUUGUUCUUUCUCAAGGGCUGUGGGCGUCAGGUAGUUUCUGUCAAAUAAAAGCUGCAUUUUGAGGGUCCUUACACAUAAUUGAGUCAGGACGCUACUGACGCACUUAAUCGUCAAAUUUAAGAAAGGAUGAAUUCCAUUACUUUUGCAUUGCUUCUCGUCACUGGUCUCCAAGGAUGUGCUCUGAGUUUGAAUAGCGAUGGCUUGAAUAACGAACCAGAUGCACUGAUGACGGAUGCAAUUCCCUGUGAGGACUGCACAAAAAUAAUGAACCUCCUCAUCGACCUGCUCUCCAACACAGACCUCCAGAAAAAGAUCACGCACGGUAUCGGCAAACUGUGUGACCACCUGCCUGGGAAAGCCAGCAUGGCUGUAUUCUGCAAGGAGGAGGUGGACAAGAUCUUGCCAGUGGCCAUCAGCUUGAUCACUGUUGUAGCAAAGCCUGGGGACAUCUGCAAACUCAUGGGACUCUGCGGCUCCAACGAGCAGCGGAAAAUGUUCGACUAUAUGGUCGACAAGUACCUCCAAUUUGCUGCGAUGCCAGUAAAUGAGAAGCCCACAUCACCGUGCUCAUUCUGCAUCUUUUUCAUCAAGACACUUGAUGACUUGCUGCCCAAAGAGAGGACCGAGGAGGCCGUGGUGAAGGUGAUGGAGAACGUCUGUCACAUUUUGCCCAUCUCCUAUCAUGAUCAGUGCGAGGUGGUCAUCGGCAAGUUCAGCAAGACGUUGCUGGACGCCCUCCUUGGUUACGCCACGCCGAAGGCCAUCUGCACACUCAUCCGCCUGUGCGAAAGUCAGGAGGGUCCUCCCGUCGACCCCUGUACUUUGGAAACCUACAGGUGCAGGGACCUGCAAACCUCUCUGAAAUGUGGGACUCUGUUCUACUGCCAAACAUUUGUCUGGAAAGCCCUCAACAAGGUUCUUUGAAGAGUUGUCAGGUUUUGAUUUGAUACCUCAAGACAGGGAAGAGAGACUGGGAGCUUGAUAAGUUGAUGUAUGAGAGAUUUUGUAUUACCCUCUUUCACCCAAAUCUGUCAUUGCAUCCUUCAAUAAAAAAUCAAUUUAUCUUUUA